UUUUUUUCCCCCAUAUCUUUUGUGAAGACGACUUUAUUUUCUCCAACGUGCGCAUCGUUUAUGACGUGUUUACAUGUUUGUGUUCGUAAAUAUGUAUUUGUUCUAAAUACUGUUUUCGGUUUGAGCAAAUUAACUCAGCAUGGAUUGUGGACUAGCUUCAGCAUGUAGCUAACUUAGUAUUGACUGUCUCUGUUGGCAUUACCCACUCCCAAUACUACUACAUAGACUUGACCAGACUAAACAAUGGCUUACAGGAGAGACAGAAACAUAAGGGAUGUCUAUGAGGAACGCUUCCUACCAGACAGAGCGGCCCCAUAUCCCAGAUCAGCUGGAGCAGGGCCUGUAGAGAGGAGGCCGGCUGGUUUUGGAAGGCCAGACGAGGAGUACAAUCGAGGGUUUGAGUACGACGGGCCUCGCUUUUAUCCAAAUGGAGGCCCUCGAGGUUACCAUGGCGAGGAUCAAGGAGGCUACCGUGGCGACAGCAUUAAUUUCCCUAACGAGCGCAGAGGUGUUCCACCUUCCCGGAGACCGGAGGAGCCAUACCCCUACCCCGGUAGAGCGCCCCCUAGAGAGGACCCCCACUCAGGACGGCAGAUGGAGUUCAGAAGCAGUGGCCGUGCAGUGCCCCCACCCCCCAGUGUCAGGGCUCAGGGGAUGUACCCUGCACCCCGCUCCCUGUCUGCGGUGGUCCCAGAGGGGGGGGAUGAUACCCUGAUGCAGGCCAUCCUCAACCUGGACAGAGGAAGGAAAGGUCCCUUGCCUCCCCUGAGAACAGAUGUCCCCCCCUCCCCCCACAGCCGGUCCGGCUCCACCGUGAGCAGCAGGAGCUACUCUCCAGAUAGAGGCAAGGGUCUCCUCCACCCCGCCCAGCAGAAGAGUGUGGACUAUCCUGAAGCGCUCUCUGGUGCCCCUGUGGCUGUGGGGGAGCAGCCCUGUGGUGGGUGGAUCUUCCCCAAACAGGCCCCUGGACAAGUACCCAUGGGUCAGUGGUGCGCUGUGCUGUGUUAGAGCCCUAG